AUGGAGGACACAUCCGAGAGGGUUUGUCCUUGCUGUGGCACUGUUGGUCUCUCAGAGCGCACCAUCAGGCGCCAUCUUCAGUCUGCUGACCUCAGUGUGAUCGACGCACUCAGAGUUUCACCAGAGAGGGAGAUCGAUACACCUGGAUCUGAUGCCUAUGAAAGUCCAGACAACAAUUCAAUUGAUUUUUCCUGUGAUUCCCAACAUUUCAGUUCCCCAGACAGCAUCAAUCCUCACUCCCUUGCACACGACGAGACAGCUGGAGGCCCUGACCCGGUUGACUCGCUUAGAAAGCUGUUUUCUGACCUUUCCCUUGUUAUCGAAUCCCACCCUGUGCCAGAGAUGCUUGAAGACUGCGAGUCUGUUGGCGAUGAACUGGAUGAACCACUUCCAGUGGACGAAGUGGACAUAAAUGACUCUGACGAAGAUUCUGUUGUGAUGGACGAGUCUGAUAGUAUGGAACUUGACGAGGAGCUCCAGGAUAUGUAUAAUUUUAGUAAGUGA